AUGGUUAUUGAGGCAGAACGACAGUCGUGGACAGACCAUGUCAAUCGCAUCCGUCGUUUUCGCAUCCUUAUCAUGGGCAGAGCAAAUUCAGGCAAAACAUCUGUCUUGCAGAGGAUUUGUAACACUACAGAUCAGCCAGAAAUUUUUGAUGGGGAAGGAAGGAAGAUAUGUGGAAUACAUGGUAAUUUCUUGUGCUUUUUCAAUGUGAUUGGGUAUGUUCAGGUUGAUCCUAGUCAUGGACACCAUGACAUUGAGAAUGAGUUGGUGUUUAAGAGCAAUCCUCACUUUGUGUUUCAUGACUCCUGUGGUUUUGAAGCUAGCAGUAUAUCAGCAUUCAACCAAAUGAAGGAAUUUGUAAUGGAUCAUGCUAGGACUCCCAAGCUGGAGAUGUAUUGCAUUCCAUUGAGUGAUACCACCAGGAUGGUCACAGCUACUGAAAGGAAGUUUUUUGAUGGGUGUGACACAGGCCAUGAGGUGGAUUGGGCACAGGUUGCUGAGGUACAAAAGAGGAUUCUGGAUGAGAAUCUUGCAAAGAUCAAGAGGUAUUUGAAUGUUUUCAGGUUUCAGCCUUUUGGCUUUCUGCCACUGACAGGGAAGUGCUCUAUCAUUGCCUUGACAUAUAUGCAUAAAGAAGGUGCAGAUUGUACUGCCCUGCUGAAAUGUACAACAAAUGCCCUGAAUGAAGAAAACCUUCAAAUGCUUCUUAUAUUGACUCAGCAGUCCAAUUUAACACUGUGUAUUGAAUUUACUGUAAUGAAGUAA